CUCCGUAUUUCUUUGCAUCGUUCGCGUGUCAAACGUAAAUUUCGUGUGCGAGUAACAAAUUAAAUAAACGGAUAAUUACGCGAACAUAUAAUUAAACAGAGUAAAGUACGCUAUCGCGUGUACUUUUGUUGACAUUUAUAGCGACAUUUAUAAAUGUGUGUUUCACUCAUUACGUCGUAUCAUCACGUCUCGAAGCACUUGACAUAUAGUCUAUUACUUUUUAACAAGAAGAUUUGUUUUUAACAAGAAAAUCGUCAGACAAUUGCCGGCAAUCAGCGCCGGCAAGGUGAUUUUCACUUGCUCGACAUAUAAUCCGAUUGCGAUAUUCGUUUACGUUACGUCUUGAAUUUUUUUACGAUGAAAAAUUGUAACAUCGUAGUAUCACACGAGAUUUAUAACCGGUGGAACUAGUAUGUUUAUCAACGCGCAUGUGUAUAUACAUCGUGUUGUUCGCUUGUCCCGUAAGUCGAAACGUGCGGUGACAUACUGCCCGGGAGUGCUGUAUAGAAAAUAACGAACGGUCGUCGUGACGGACGUUAUUCACCGCGUUUCGGUGAUCGCAAUCACAGCGUGUGGACGAUUAUCCGAUGAGAAGGAAAUAAUCAGCAGCAAUAAGGAAUGCGGAAUUACGAAGAAACAACCAAGUGACGACGUUGCGCAUCCAUCGGGGCAUAUUUAUUGUGUCACACAAGAUCGGGGGAACAGCGAUACGAAUAUGGUGACUUAUCGUUUCUGCGUCGCUUCUCUACUUUAGAGCCGAGAAAAAUGACAUAAGAAGUGAAAACGUUCACUUCGGCAUGUUAGUGCUAGAUGCUUACGUGUUAUUGAUGAUCCCGACGACGAAGAGACGAAUUGAAAAGCAAACUUUGAUAGCGACGACAUCCGUGUGUAAAUAAUUGAUGAAACAACUAGAAGUACUGUUUUACCGUGAAAUGGAGCGCUUGAAUAGACGCGCGCGCAAAUAACACAAUUGCAAGCGAUUCCACGAGAGUAGCGCAAGGAAGAAGAAGAAGAAGAAGAAGAAGAAGAAGAAGUUCUUCUGUCCACUUGGGCAUUUUCGACGAGGCGUCGUUUCUGUUAUAAUCGACACUUGUGUACAACAUGUUCGGGACAAAAUUGCGCACGUGGAUGGAGGCGCAUAUCGUGCGAUCGAAAAAGAAAAAAGAACGUAAGAAGGGUGACAAGGGAUUUGACUCGAACUGCAACUCUCCCAGAAGCCACAGCGCCAACAGAUCGCCCGCUUUGCAUCAAGUACAUCCGGUAGAUUCACCGACGAAAAACGUGGACGGUAUCCGGUUGCACGGGGGCGGGAGCUACGGCGCAACUGUGACCAGCUCGUCCGGCACUUCCGGCGGUACCGCCGGAAGCGUGAGCCUCUCUUCGCCGGAGAGCGCGUACUCGACCGGCUACUCGACCGACGGCACCUCACCCGGCACCAGUUUCCCGCCCGAGUACUACAUCAACAUUAGGACCGGCACUCACUAUUUUCAGAGCAGCAGCGGCACCACUACCACCACCACCACCAAUAACAACAACAACAAUAACAACAAUAACAGCAACAAAGCAAGAUUGAAGAGACUGCCGGGCGAAGUCGCAGAGCUGCCAGCGGCCGGGUCCGCCGCGACAGGAAAUGGAAGAGUCGAGGACAGAGGGCAGUCAUCCGCGAGUACGACUAACAUGACCAGAGACAACGGCCAGCCGGAAGUACGAACAAACACCUCGAAUAAAAGCGCGGAGACACCGACAAAUCAUGGUCAGAGGCAGCAGCAGCAGCAGCAGCAGCAGCAGCAACAGAGACAGGAGGAGAACUUUCAUCGCAGAACGGAAUCUUAUUCCGCCGAUUCGAGGAACAGUUUGCCCGUGCCGUCGUCGAUACCGCCGCCAUUAGUCUCGGCUUCUGUGCAAUCGCCCCGCGAGCGUUCCCGCAUCCGAACGAAUCCAUGGCUGUCGGCAAACUCAUCCGGCUCUAGCACGAACGGUCUCAAGUCACGGCUCGCUUUGGACGAGAGCAGCAGCAGCUCCGGUCUGAAGCUCACGGAAUCGUCCGGUAGCGCCAGCGAUGUCAAUCUGAAUCUGAACGGAAGGGAACUUCAAAGCAGAAAGGAGCAUCGUCAGGAAAGUCUCAGCGCAGGUCGAAGCCCAAUCAAUCAAAAUUGGAGAAUCACAUCGGGUAUGGAUCUUCGACCCAAGAUUCCUCUGGCCUUGCAACGACGAGCCAGCAGCAGUAGCUCCUCGGCGUCUUCCGUGACGCGCAGCGUGCGAUCGUCCGACGACGACAUCACGUUGAACGAGAUGAUGGGCAAAUUUGACGAGAGCUACGUAUACGAGAAGGAGACGGACAUCCUGUCGGACAGUGAUCCGACCGAUUGCGAGGACUACAUCGAUUCACUGUCGGACAUCGACACUGGUCAGGACGGCGGCGACGAGAACGAUCCUUUUGAGAACGACGAACUCGACUACAUCGACAAUGGCUCGUUUCUUGAUCUGGACAAUAUCGAAUGCGGCGGACAUCUUCCGAACACCGGUCACUGCACCUACUUCGCCUUUACCAGUGAGCUCAGUCGACGCGGCACCAGACUCCGCGAAUCUUUCCUCAAACGCAGAACUAAAGACGAACUUGUCUCUCAAAGAAGCACGAGUGCACGAACCAGCACGAAGAGACAGAGCACGCGGCAUAAGAAAAUGGACGACAAGCAAAGCGAGAAACGUAAGAAGAGAAUAUCGCAGCGUCGCAAGCCCGUUAUGGAUCGGUGCGACGACGAGACAGCAAAUUUGAAUCGCGUUCUGGUCGAGAGAAUGCUACUGAAAAACUCGGGAUUCAAUCAGGGAAGCAGAAGCGUGGGCGGUACGCCGAUGUGUCUGCGGCGUAGGAAGCACGACGUCAAUAAGAAUCUCUCACCGAUGAGACUGAACGGCACCUCGUCCGCCAUCAGACCCGUCGUGAUCGAAAACGAGAUCGUGAAAAGACGAUCGAAUUCGAUAAGUUAUGUAAAUGGCAACAUAGUGCGGCGUCACGUGGCUGGCAACACGUACAUGACCACGUUCGCGUCGGAGAUCGCGCUCAUUGAGGCGGACAAAGAAGCCGACCGCAAGUACCGCGAGCUCAUCUUGGAGGCGGAAAAUAUUCUGGUGAGCAUGCAGAAGCAUCAGAAUUCAUCGCCUUGCGUGCCGUCGCCGUCGCGCAAACUGCAUAACGGUCUGGCGAACAAGCGCGUCGAGCUCAUCAAGAACACGGAGCUAAACAUCGAAUUGGCGCUGUCAAAGAGCCGCAAUUCCCAACCGGAAUUGCAGAGCGGCAGUAUUCGUGAUCUCGAGCACACCAGUCCCAAGCGGCAGUUCGCCCAGCAACCGUGUUCGCCGAUUCAUCGCUUUAUGGAGAGAAACUCGGCCGGUUUCGCGCCGAAAGAGCUACCACUCGCUUAUCGGCAGCACGAGAUGUCCAAGUGUUCGGAUUCACCGGCGACGUUACGCAGAAUGACGCCGCAGAGCUCACCAAGCAGAAGCCUGAUGCACCAUCAAGUGCAGGCAACUCGAGCGCGCAACGGCGAACUCGAGAUCAGAGAGUGCAAUAGAUCGCCUCGGAUCGCGUUGAAUUGCAAUGGGGGACCGAAGCCGGAAGUAGUGAAUAAAAGCACGUCUGUCGAGGAUAAAACGUUCGCAAACGCGACAUUUAAAAGUUCUCUCGCGGGAGGCAGAAAAGAGUUUCGCGCCGUGAGAGAACCGAUGAAGGAGGAGGGAGUGACGUCAAGCUCGUCAGAUUCUGAAGAGAAAUGCGAUGUUAGACGGAGAGCUCCAUUAAUGACCUUCAGGUCAAUCGAUAUGGGUCCCAUUAAAGAAAGUUCUUCCUAUUGUCCGCAAAGCGAGCCGGUAAAAAGAAAAGUAUAUGCCGGAAGCGCUACGUACGGUAGAAUACAAAAAACAUUAGGCGAACACGUUAUGCUGAGAAAUUCUGACGGUGACACAGCAACUGAUGAUACUGAUGACUCGAGAAGAUCUCUGAAGGAGAAAGUGGCGCAACUGCGACAAGAGCGAUUGGCGGCCGAAGCUAAUGCAAACAAUGCCCAGGACUCGCAAUACUUUCAACAUCAACUGUCCCAGUUACGACGGCAGAUGCUAAUGCAGACGAUAGAGGGUCUGAAACGCAGUCUCGAGGACCAAUCGGCUACUCUAAAGCAGACCUGUUUAGAACCGACUAGUUUGCUGACCGACGAGCUGCCUUAAAAUUGAUCGGACUGAGCCGUUUCCGGCACCGCCUUGUUUCUCGUGAGGGAGAAACGCACGAUGUUACAGGAUCCUGCCCUCCUCAGUAAAUUCGCGAUUGGUCGAGCCGCGUCGAGCGCUUGCGAGGAGUAUUGAUUAAGCGCGGCGUUUCAUCCACGUGCGCGCUGAGUACCGAAUUACAAUGACGCGAUCCUCCUCAGGCUCGACAAUACCCAGCUAGUGCAGGCGUACACAUCAAAUCUCUAUUUUUCUGUCCGCCUGUGCGAUGUGAAAGCAAGAAAAAUAGAAUAGAGGAAAGAAGCAAUGGAAAGAGAGAGAGAGAGGGAGAGAGGGAGAGAGAGAAAGAGAAAAGUAAAAGGAAAACAAGACCGUCAGAAUUGAGUGUCGUGUAUCUUCGCUGGGCAUUGUUUCGUUCUGUUGUUUUUAUUACUUAACGGUUUUUAAGAAGUUUUUACUUUGAAAUUUUUCGCGUAGAGUAGGCCGACUUUUGAUUGUAGCUAGAGAUUAGUCUUCGCUAGCUUAUCAUUUUUGAUCUAUUUGUUACAAUGCUUGUUCCGACAACUAUUCUAGAUGAUGACAAACAGAGAAUUCGCAUACGGAUCGUCGAAUAUGAUAUAGAUUUGUUCCGGAACGCUAACGUGGAAUUGUAGAUAAUUAAGAUAUUGCAGAUUAAUUAAUUAGAACCCUGGAUCAAUAAGAAUUCUGGACAAAAAUUCUGUAUACAUGGGCAAAUUCGAUAAAUAAUAUUAUAUUUAAUUAUAUAUAUUUAUAUAUGAGAUUGAGAGGGAUCGCUCAUAUAUGAUUGUACAUAGUUUUAUAUAUAACCAGAUAUAAAAUUUGCCCGUAUAUAAGGAACUUUUUUCUCCGCGGGAGAGAGUAAUGUUACAUUUUCAAUAUCUUUCCUAAUACUAUUAUUAUGUAAACAAUUGUUUUCAAAUAAUGCAUAAUAUACAUAUAUGUAUCGCUUAUUAUAAUAAAGUAUCACAAAAUUUGUAAUAAUUAAGCAGAAAAAUAGAAUAUUCUAGAUCGAGACAUUAGGUUCUGGCAAUUCCGUUAGCGUUCUAAGGUUUGAGCUCAGACAUCUGACAUCUUACCGGGGCCUAUUCAGAGGUGUCUCCUAGUUUUGAUAUAUCUUAGAAAAACAAAGAAACACUUACUCUUGUAGUAAAAAAAAAAAAACUUGAGAAAAUGAUAAAAAAUAAUAAAUUACACGAACAAUUAAUAUUCCAGUAUCAAAAAAAGCGUAGACGUUUAGAAGUACCCACAUCUAACAGAUUUAGAAAAAUCACGGUGAGAUUUAGCUAGCAGAUAGAUGAUUCGAAACGUAUAUACAUAUAAUCGAUUUAGACAUUAGGAAAACAUUAAACGAUACAUGCCCAAUGAAUACGGCCCAAUCUUAAUCGAGAUGGUCGGGAAAGGACAUUUGCUAAACACAGGGAUGACUGACAUAUCCCGUUGACCGUUUGAGCCUCAUCAAGAUCCCUUAUAUGUAAGCUUCCUAAGCAACAACAUAUAUGUCUAAUUAUCUAAAUAUAUCUAAUUUUUAUAAGAAAUAUUUCGUAAACGCGCAAACAGAUGUGAGGCCCAAAGGGGAUUAAAUAGAUUAAAAAGAAUGUGCAAUAAACUAUACAUACACAAAACAAACUCAGACUGCAACUACAGAAAUGCGGUUUAAUAAAGCAUGAUAGAAAUAAACAUAUUUAAAAUACACAAAUCAAAGUUUUUCCUUCCCCGACGCUCUCGAUUUUUUUCGAUUCGAUCUAUUCCAGAAAUAUGACUUUAUAAUAUAUAUAGCACGUAAACUUGUCACCUUUAAUUGAAUGUAGGAGCGCUUAUGAGAUAUUAUCAUAAAGUCGUCGGGGUCGUCUUUCGCUGUGUACAUCCUAAGUGGAAAAGCUGUACUUUGUGUGAUCCAUUUCUUCGCUAUUGUUCCCGAUUCAAUUGUAAACGUCCUUUAUUUUCCACAUCAAGGACGAUAAUCUUCGAUAACAAUAAUCAUUUCUCUCUUCGCAAAACAAAAAAAAGGGGAUGUAACAACCAACUAGCUUAUACACAUAUUACUCGUAAUGUUCCUAUUUCUACGCGAUAUUUGUGUCACCGAAAAAGAAAUUUUCCCCGCGAGCGAUUGUCAUCUGUGUCUCUGAAUAGAAUUAACAUCCCCCCAACUUAGUAUACCAAAGAUGAUAGAGUAGCUAGAUAGUAGAUUAGAACCGUUUAACCGAUCAAAAAAUAAAAACCAAAAAACAAAAAAAAAAAACAAAAAAAUACAGGAUGCAUAUUCGUACUAUUAGAGAAUUAUCGUUAAAGCGUCUUUAGAGUCUCGAUUUGCUGAUAAAAAAUAAUUGUUCGAAUUACGUCAAGCGGAUUACAAAUCUUCCACGUGGACCAGAGUCAAAUAUUUCAUUCCAAUUUUUCUCUUAAUAAAUUUGCGUUGUACUUUUGUCACAUGUUGUUUGUUUUUUUUUUUUUUUUCAAGUAGAAUCUUUAAAAGCGUUUCAAACAUACGUAUGCACAUAGUUUGAAACAAAAAAGAUAUACUUUUGUUUUGAGAAUAUUUUCAAAGUUUAUGUUAUUUAUAUAUAUAUAUAUUUAUUUAUUUCUCGAAACUAAGAUUAAUAAGUAGUUUGCGUAAGUUUUGACUCUGGUUCUAUAAACCGUCGAUAUUUUCGGUCAUAGUGAUAUUUUUGUGAGAAUAGACUGAAUAGUGUUAUCAAUUGUUAGAUUAAAAAUUUUGUGGUUACUUAAAUGUGAUUCAUGUGUUGAAGAUUUUUCAGGAACGACGGAUUGUAAUACGCGCGCGCGAUAUAUUUAUUUGUGUUAGAUAUUAGGGAGCAUAGUACAUUGAAAGCAUUAGAUAAAUAUAGAGGCAGUAGUGUUAGUGCAUUAGGCAAUCGUCAAGUAAACGAAGUUAUUGUUUUGUUUUUUUAUUUCUUCCGAGAAUCGCGUUUUGUGAUUUAUUUUUUUAUUAUGUCUUUCCGGUUUUCUUUUACGAAGAUCGACUUUCUGUUGAUUUAGCUUACUGUGGGGACGGACUGCGAGAGUCACUUCGAUCGUCAAUCGAAAAAUCUUUACGCGGUACGCUAACUAUUGUUAAGUGGGAAGUUGUUCGAAAGUUUUAUACGUGAAAAAAAAUACUGUGUAUAUAAAAUAAUUUUUAACCGAGGAACAUUUUAAUUUUUAUAAACGUAUAAGGCGAAUUAUAAUAUAUAAUAUACAUACAUUUGUCAUAAGUUUGAUGAUUCUUAUGCCAUUGCAUCGACAUUCCAAAAUGCAAGUUUGUGUUGGCGCUGGAACAGAGACAGUUGUCCAAGUCGAUUUGCAAGUUGGCCACACAGUUUCCAAUAUUACCCUUGCCACAAAUGCGACUAGUCACUUGAUUAUUUACGCAGGGUAUGUACAGGCAACUCCUGAACACGCUUGGAGGAAGAGUGGUAUUAUUGUUGCAAACAACAUCUCUUGUGUACUAAGCCAUUUAUGAAAUAAAAUGGUUUUUUUAUAUGAUUAUGAAUAAAUUAUAUUAUGUCGUUG